AUGCCUUCUCCAGGAUCCAGAAAUUCAAAAAAUUCAAAUCAGGCUUUGAUUUCAUAUGCUUUGUUAACUAAUGAACUUUUACCCCCGCGCGACGUAGUAAUCAAAGCUGAGCACGAGGUCGAUCCAUCUCUGAUUCAGGGUUAUAAUAUUGUUUUGAAAAGAGACUAUCAGAAGAUGGUAGAAGAAUCGAAGCAUAAUGAAAAUUCAUGGAUGAACACAGCAGAGCAGUCCUCUAGAAUGGUUGAGAUUGAUAAAAAUGUUACAUUGAUGUCUGAAUCAGUGGUGAUCAUGGAUGGAAUCGAAGCUUCUCAUCCUCAGCAGCAUCAGCCUCACAAUUUGAACACCACCAUUGAUGGCAAAUUGGGCUUGCCCGAGCGUGCCUUUUCGGCUGCUGGUGCUGCAGCUCUCUCUGCUAUUCUUGUUAAUCCACUUGAUGUUGCCAAGACGAGGUUGCAAGCACAGGCUGCUGGAGUUGCUUACUCUCAUCCAUUGGGUGAUCUUACCAGUCGAAUGGCCUUUUUUGGACCGAAUAUGUUGUUUGCUGAUCUAAGGUGUUCUCCAUCGUGCACGCGUGCUGGCGUUCAUGGUACAGUAUCAAUUUGCCCUCCUGAUUGUUUCCAAUACAAAGGAACAUUGGAUGUCUUCUAUAAAAUUAUUCGACAGGAAGGAAUUUCUAGGCUCUGGAGAGGCACAAAUGCUGGCUUAGCUCUUGCUGUACCCACUGUGGGCAUCUACUUGCCGUGUUAUGACAUUUUCCGCCGCCAGUUAGAGGAAUUCACUGCACAAAAUGCUCCAAGCAUGACACCAUAUGCACCAUUGGUGGCAGGCUCAUUGGCUCGAUCUUUAGCUUGCACAAGUUGCUAUCCUAUUGAACUCGCCAAAACACGUAUGCAGGCAUUCAAGGAUUGUGGUAAGAAGCCUCCUGGAGUAUGGAAUACUUUACUUGAGGUUAUCUACCAGGUCAAGGGGACGACUAGCGUCACUAACAGCUUGCAAAGCUACCGUGUUUUAUGGACUGGCCUUGGGGCACAGCUUGCUCGCGAUGUUCCUUUCUCUGCAAUUUGUUGGUCAACUCUUGAACCGGUAAGGAGGAGGCUUUUGAGUCAUGUCCGAGAUGAGGCUAAUGCAGCCAGUGUACUUGGGGCAAAUUUUUCUGCUGGUUUUGUUGCUGGAAGCCUUGCAGCUGCUGCUACAUGUCCGCUUGAUGUCGCAAAGACCCGAAGGCAAAUUGAGAAAGAUCCCACCAGGGCAUUAAAGAUGACAACAAGACAAACACUUACGGAGGUUUGGAGGGAUGGAGGUAUGAAAGGACUGUUUACUGGGGUUGGUCCCCGUGUUGGCCGUGCUGGUCCCUCUGUUGGGAUCGUGGUCAUAGUUGCUACAAGAGGGCUAAUCCUUUAUUAUGGAGGGAGGAGUUCGGCAGUACUGAUGUGGAUAUAG